GGUAACUUUACUAGGUCAGUUCUCUCCCGAUGUCUGGAGCAGUCAUGGCGUUAAACACGGUCGGUGCGUGCGUGGUUCUCUUCGCGACGCUUUCAGUGACCACAGCGAAGUCUGAGGGAGUACUGACUCUCUUCAAGACCAACACAGAGGAGGUUCAACACGUCCCCAUGAAGUAUGACUCCAAAAACACCGUCCCGAAAUGGCUGGAAGGAACACUGGUUCGGAAUGCCCCUGCUCUGUUCGAACUGGGCGGCCGCUCGGCUAUCCACGUAUUUGACGGUUUUGCGAAGCUCCACAGCGUGGAGAUAGGGCCGCACCUGGUCAACUUCUCCGCCGCCUUUCUGGACACCAGCGCCUACACAAGAUCUAAGAAAGCCAACCGUUACGCACCCGCCCUCACGUUCUUCGGAGUCGACCCCCCGUUCAGCGAGUUGGAGAGACUUGACGCCUUCAGGUAUCCUUACGACAACACCGACGUCAACGUCUGGAAGUACGGGCACGGGGAGGACAGCGUCUACGCCGCCUUAACUGACGGCUGGGUGUACGUUAAGUUUGACUCGGAGACGUUAGCGUCUCUGGGGGUAUCUGUUCCUAGUGUAACCGGGGUGAAGAAGUCUGUUGCAACUCAGUCCUGUGCCCACCCUAUACUCGAACCCGGUACAACUAACAACAUUAACUACAUACAGGUCCCGAACAUGAUACCAGGACAGAAACAGGAUUACUAUGUGGUAAGGAUCAAGGAUCUGGACACGUACGAAAUCUUAGCUACCUUUCAGACGGAUAGAGCAUCAUACAUGCACAGCUUUGCCCUGACUGAGAACUACGCCAUAUUUUUUGCCCAGCCUGCCUAUUUCGACUUUAUAAAGAUAGUGGAGACAGCUAUGGUGUCGAUAGACUGGGUCCCUGAAGACAAGACGACCAUUAUUCUGGCUAACAUUAAAACAGGGGAGAUACAACGGUUGCAAACAGACGCCAUUUUCUUUACGCAUCAUGUCAACGCGUACGAAACGGCAAACGGUACGAUUGUUGCCGAUAUUGUUCAGUUUGAGGAAGGUUUUGCAGUUUUUGCCGACUAUAAGCUCCCUCAGUUACGUAACCUAACCAGUCUACAUGACAAACCGGCUAAGUCCAGGCUCUACCGUUACACCAUUGACCUAGCCAAUAAGACCGUACAGACCAAAACCUUCCGAAGCAAAUCCCCUAUGGAAGAUUUUCUACACAAGAUCGAAGUUCCGAUCAUCAACGAAAACUACCGAACCAAACAUUACUGUUACGUGUACGGUGUUAUUAUCGAUUUUUCUCCCUCAAACCCACUCAAUGGUUCUUUCGCUAUGGUGAAAAAGGACCUGUGCACCCCUGGUAACGAUCUGUAUUGGUACCACCCGAACCAUUACGUCAGCGAGCCGAGUUUUGUCGCCGAUCCCGACGGGAAAGCCGAAGAUGACGGCGUCCUUCUUUCGGCUGUUUUCGACGCCGAACUGGGCAAAAGCUAUCUUCUCAUUCUCGAUUGUAAAACAAUGAAGGCCAUUAACACUGCGUACAUGCCUACCUACAUCCCGUUUGGUUUCCACGGGAGGUUCUUUGGUAAGGAUUGGCCAGUGUAA